CUCACGAUAACCACGCCACUUCUAGGGCUAAUGUUUCUUCUUUCAGGCAGUGCAAGAGUCUCACGGAGGUUGAGCCGUGGGUGCUGGACGUGUAUCGUUGCUCCGCACUAACGACAAAUCGCUACAGUCCUGCGGAUGAAUAGACAAGGGUUUUCAAGUCGGGCAGAAUUUCAUUCGAUCAAAUUUACAGAAUGCUGGGUGUACUUUAAAUACAACCAUUCAUUUCACGAUAUUUAAGUAGGUUGUGUGUGGAAACAGCAGCAACUUGUUGACGCAAUACCUUUUUGAAGUUAGACACCUCAGAACAUUUGAGUUUCUGUUUUUUCAUUUCGCUCCUUAUGAGUGUUGGGAAUUCGUUGUGGAUAAACAAUUAAAGUGCCACAGUUAAGGUGGGGGAAAUGGAAGAGCAAAAGUGUCGGGCAGCUUCCCGGUCCAGCAUAGGGAGGACCUGCAGCGAGCAUCCCUGUGACUAUCGCCUCCACAGGAGCUUCAGAGACCUACCCUGGGUGGCGGCGUGCUGCGCGCUGUCCCUACUCUCUUUGGGAGUAUGCAUUUUUGUGUACCUGAAGACGUCGGAAUUGCAGCAUAGGCUCUUAAAUCUGGAAAAUGACAGGGACAGCCGGUCUUCAGCGUGGUUCUCGGCCGAUCAGGUGGAGCCCAAGAUUAUAGAUAGACUCGACCAAAUUUUAGAAGAGAAGCUGGCUGCACGGUUUCCCAGGGUCCGAGAGGCACGAGACGCCCCACAGAGCUGCAUCUGCCCUCCAGGGUCUCCUGGGUCAAGGGGAAAAAGAGGUCGAAUUGGGGAUCCAGGUCCUCCUACCUCGGCUCUCUUGGUUAGCAUGCUGGGGAGCUCUCAGUAUAACCUUCCAGAAGGUCUGGCAAGAAUGCAGCUCUUUGACCCCUUCUGUGCAUCCCAGAAGGUCUGGUCAGGCUGGGACAAAGAACCUAAGACUCCAGGCCAGCAGGCUGUAUGCUGCUUUUAG